AAUGUUUGUCAGGUUGACACACAUAUCCACGCAACUGCCUGUAUGAGUCAAUACUCAUUGCUGAAGUUCAUGAGACGUAAAGCUAAGAAUAGCCCCGAUGAUAUCGUGGCGGAGAAAGAUGGAAAAAAGUUGACCAUACUUGAGGUAUGAAAAUCGAUUUAAGAUUCCCUACUUUUAAUUAAUUUACAUUGCAAUUAGUGUCAUAUUACCCUUCAAAAACUCAUUAAUAAUUAAUAAAAAAUCAAAAAAUUCAAAAACUCAUUAAUAAUAAGCGUGUCGUAUCUUUAUAUGUGAUAGAGAUUUCCCUUGAUUUACAUAAACUUUAACUUUGAUUUUCUCGACUUACACAACGUAUUUUUUGAAAAUGAGUUCGCCAAUGAACUUACUAGAUCGAUCGUUUUUUAAGCAAUUUAAAACAUUCAAUUCGCAGUGCGUGUUUUAUCAGACCUAAAGAUACUCGGCUUCGCCUCGUAUCUUUAUAUCUGAUAAAACACUGCUGCUCAUGUUUUAUAUAGUACAUAAAAUGUUUCACUUUAUGAUCGCUGGAUAGUACUGGUUAUUCGAAAUUCGAUUGGCUUAAUCCUAGGUUAGGGUAAAGUUUAAAACAAAUUCGCCCCACUUUUCGAAAAAUCUUGUUAUAAAACGAACCGACGUGCAGAAAUGUGCAAACCAAAACUCAAUUUGAAUAUUUGAUGCUGCAUGGCCGGUUCUUUUUUCGGCAAUACUCCUGGUGUAAAUUCUAUGCAGGACACACCCAGGAGUAGGGCAACUCCAUAAAGUGAUUCAUUGCAAUUGAGUGAGAAUUAACAGCCUACAAUGACAAAUCUUCAUAUACGAAAAAUCAGUUUUGUAGGCCAAAAAAUAGCGGCCUACAAUUUCAUAAUUUGUUGGCCAACUUUUCGUCCAGUUUUAAACACUGGAAAUCCCGGCUUGCCGAAUGGCUGGUCAGAUAAGGUUUUGGCAGCGAAGAAACACAAAAACUAAACAUUCCGAAAUACUUUUAAUCGCAAAACAUCAUGCAUGCAAAGGAACAUUUAAAAAAUUGUGAAUGUGUAGGUCAAUAUUGAAAUAUGUUGGUCAAACCUAGCAUUCGGCCUGCAAUAUUUGAAAAUAAUUGUAGACCAGAAAAAUUCUUAUAGUAUAAGCCAUGAUCUGUUCAGCUUUAAUGUUGGAGUAAAUUGACACUAUGCAUCAUGCAUGUACAACGCCCCUGACUAUGUUGAUUGUGUUUGAUUAUUUUAGUUCUUUGACAGUCUUGGUCUAAGUCCUGACGAUCUUAGUGUGGAUAGUUUGGAUGUUCAUGCAGUAAGUAGCUUACGAAAUAAUAUACUGUACCAAGUAACUUUAUAUUCGUUGAAAUUGGAAUUCGGAAUUUCUUUCUUAUAUACUGACUGCAAUAUUCCUUUUUGCUUCAAUCAGGGGGAAGAGACAUUCAAUCGUUUUGACAACUUCAACAAGAAGUAUAACCCAGCCGGUAUGUAAAAACAAAGCAGAAAUAAUACAUAUUAGAGAAUGAGUAAACCUAUGAACUUUUCUCUUUUAAAAAAAUUGUUUGAAUACGGCAGACUUACAUAUUCAUAAACCAGGACUUUGCAUUUGAGCUUAUUUCACCUCUGUCUAUAGAGAUAUUUAACAAUUAUUCACCGAAGUGGAGGCUUCGCGUUUCGGCGAAUAUAUUUCACUAUUCACCGACACUGAGUUUUAGCAUGUACACAACAAAAGAAAAAUGACCAAAGAAACAACGAAAGGAUUUUUAAAACAAUUUGUAGUUCAGCUCCCGUAAUAGUUGUAAACAAAACACUAAUUACACGCUUUUUAGUAAUUUUAUUUAUUAGAAAUAGCUUCAAAGAAUACUUCUACACACUGUUAAACAAAACUUUGUGCAUUUCAUCAUGUUUGGCGAAACCGCAACUUCAUUUUUUUAGCAGGAAAAUUUGUUCAGGCUGUAGCUAACGGCAACAAAACGGCCUCUGUGGUCCGGAGGUGAAUAUAGUGAGUGCAAGGAUAUCCUGAGCUCUGCAACCAGUCAAAUUGCGUGCUAAAAAUAUUUAUAAGGGACUGGUCAUUAUUUAUGGGGAGGGGGGGUUGGUAAAUGGGAGGAGUGGAGGGGAAACGAAGUUUUACCCUUAUAAACAGGGGGGUCAAAAAAGUUUUAACGCAGAGAAAGGGGGGGGGUCAAAAAAGUUUUUGAACUUAUUUUAAAUAAAUACCAUGUCUAGAGUUCUGAUUCCCAUAAUCACAAAUAGCAAAAAGAAGACUCUGAAAAUGCCAUUUCCAACGAUCUAGAGACUCAAAAUUUUCAAAAUUUCCAUGCUCGGUGCUAACCAUGGUAUAGUGCCUUGUGGGAGUCGGGCCUACUAAGUUUAACAAGCUGAGUGAUCCAGUUGUGGUAUUUACAUAAACAUACCAUGCAAGUACACUUAACUGAUCAGAUUUGGUCUACCAAAGCAUAAUGUUACGCUGUAUAUCCAAAAAUCUGUUUCAGAAAAUGUUCACAUUUCAGUCCUAGGGGUGGAAAAUUACAAAAAAUUUCUGGGGGAGAUACCCAAGACCCCCCUACUAGUACAUACGAUAUCACACCAAACUUUUUGUCACCAACAACCAUCUGUCAUCUCUCCACGCUCAGUAUAGUAUGGCCCCUUUUUGUAGAUGCCCACCCCCAGACAAGUUCUUAAAAAAGCCCUGUGUUGAAAUCAUUUCGCUGUACGAAGACGGGCCAUAUGGGUUAGGGUUAUGGUAGGACAAAUGUUGCAUUGCAAAGUAGUAACACAUAAUAUAUAUUUUUUAAUCAUAUAUGGUUGAAUCAUAUUCACCAGGAUAAAACAUCAUGAGCUAGAUUAAACAGAUUGUCAUAAUAUUUAACUUUACCUGCAACGCACACCUGUUUCAUUGCUGUUAAUUUUGAAUCCACACUGGGGGGGGUGUCAGAAAAGUUUCUACUUUUAUGAGGGGGGGGGGGCACAAAAAAUUUGCCUUCAGUCUGGAGGGGGGUCAAAAACGUUUUCAAUCCUUAUUUUCCCCAUUUACCAACUCCCCCCCCCAUAUAUAAUGACCACUCCCUAACUGUUUCAUCUUAAUGAUCUGUCUAGCCUCCUCUGGCUCUGCUGCUAUAACUGCCAUAUGAACAAGAUUAUUUUCUUUUGUUUGUUUUGUACAUAGUAUAUACAAACCAUAACGUGCACGAAAAAUUAUGAAUUAAGCCUACAUUAGCUCAGGCUAGCAAUUGGCAUAGAUAAUUUUAUUUAUUUACUGUAAUCGCCUUGUAUAUAUAUUACAUAGUGGCAGGGAAUCCGCACCACUUAGGACUGACAUAUAGUUUUAUAACUACGAGGUCGAGGACCCUCAACAUCGGAACAUGAGUACAAAGUCAAAGAGGAAUAAAAGGAAACUUUAAUUACUUAAAGUACAAUAAAGCUGCCGCAAAUGAAUAACUACACUGUAAAAACAAAUUGGUUAAAACAACCAAAUAAAUUGGUAGUCUCAGUCUGAAGUUAUUUGUUGUUUUUACAAUGUAUAACGAAUGUUGUUAAUCAUCUUAUUAAUGUUCCUGCAGGUCAAGGCGCCCUUCGAAAAUUGUUUUUGAAGAAGAGCAACUACAUGGACGGACAAUAUUUGGCUGAACAGAUUAAAGGAGUAAUGGAGCUUCAUGAAAAAAACAAAUACGUCAACAGCGAAUUGAGAAUUUCUGUUCAUGGCAAAUACCCUGAUGAGUGGCUUAAACUGGCACAAUGGGCCUUGAAGUACAAUAUCCAUUCCCCCAAUGUUCGCUGGAUGAUCCAAGUACCAAGACUUUUGUAAGAUAUAUU